CCAGAUUCCUCGGUUAUAGCCCCCAAACUUUCAAUUGUGCUUGCCAGAUGCCAACCCAGUAUUAUUAUUCACACACCAGCAGCACUGUAAAUCCCUUGUCUCUCUCGAUUUGUAUUGGCAUUGUAUUAGUGCGGAGGCUGGGCGAGUUAAUGUCCACCUUUUUUAGCCGUUGUGAGGAGGGGAACUCUUUCUCGCCUUGGGUGUAUUGAUAGGCACAAACUUUAUUUCCCUUAGACUCGAGUUAGAGCCUCGGUCACUAGCUGUAAAAAGAGGGAAAGGAAAUCAAUGUAAAUUCAUUCUGAUCUUUAAAAAAAAUACGUUUCCUUUUAACAGGAAAAGCGUUUUUCUUUUCGUUGACAAUUCACACAUCCUCUGCGUGUCAGUGUGAGUGUGUGUGUUCGGGCUCUCAACGACUCGCUAGUUCGACCACAAGCGACUCACGCAUUGAAACUCACCUGAGUUUCACGCAAAUCGAAAAAAGUGCGUUUUUUGGUUUUUCCUUUCUUAUUUAUUUUAAAAAGAGAAACGCUUGGGUUUAUUUAUUUUUUAAUCCGUUAGAUUUUAACAUCCGAGGACUGGAAAUCUGGAAAUGAAGAGAGAUUUUACGUGUUUCUUCCGUAUUUGGACUGGGAUCACUUGCAUAUCAGGUCAGGUGCUUGGAUAUUCUAUGACUCCACCCACUCUCGACAGCCCGGAAGACGAGCUUGUGAUUAACUCCAAUGACACAUUGACCAUUACAUGCAGGGGACAGCACACUCUGGAUUGGGCCUGGCCCGGUGAACGGGACCUCAGCAAACAGGAAGAGAAGGAUCGUCAGGACCAGCCGUCCCCCACAGAGCUGCCAGGGAGCCAGCACUCGCUGUCCAUCUGGGAGUGCCAGGGCAAGCCACUGAAACCGUACUGCAAAACCCUGGUGCUGACCGGAGCCCUCGCCAACGACACCGGAUACUACCGCUGCUUCUACCAGGACAUCAAGGCCGUCAUCGAUGGCACCACCGCUGCCAGCACAUAUGUCUUCGUCAGAGAUCUGCUUCAGCCCUUCAUUAAAGGAGAGCACAGCCAGCCGGGGGUCCUCAUUAUCACUAAGAGGACGCCUGUCGAGGUGCCGUGCCGGGUGUCUAUCCCAGACCUGAACGUCACUCUCCUCCGCUAUGAGAACAGUCAUUUUGUCCCACUGGACAGAAAGUUGAUGUCGUGGAACAACAAGAGAGGCAUGUCUGUCCCCCGGGAGAUGGUCAUCAGCAACUCCGGUCUCUCGGGAGUGAUCUGCCACACUGAGAUCAACAAGGUCCAGUUCCGCUCCGCCUUCUUCUUCUCCCAUGUUUCAGGAAGCCAUAUUUAUGAUUUCAAGCUGUUUCCUGCUGAGUGGGUGGAACUUGCGGUGGGGGAGGGGCUUGUCCUGAACUGCACGGCAUUGGUGGAGUUUAACACAGGCGUCGAGUUUCAGUGGACCUAUCCUGGCAAACAGGCUAACCGCUCGGUGAGUAUCCGUUCCGAGAGGAAUUCCCUGGAUCAGCAGACGGAGGUCUCCAGCAUGUUCUUUAUUCCCAGCGUGAACCUGACUGACGUGGGAACGUACACCUGCACUGCCAGCAAUGGGGAGAAGAGCUUCCAGGCCUCCACACAGGUCAUCGUACACGAAAAGCUGUUCAUCAGCAUGGAGUACGUGAACGGACCUGUGGUAGAGGCCACAGCUGGACAAAGGAUCGUUAAACUGCCUGUCAAAGUGUCUGCAUACCCGCUACCUGAAAUACAAUGGUACAAGGAUGGCAAGAUAAUUACCAAGAGCCCGGAGUUCAACAGGAUGAAGCAGUGGCACUAUGUGCUGGAGAUCCGCGAGGUGUCACAGCUGGACGCAGGAAACUACACCGUGGUCCUGAGAAACAGCGCCGCCCGUCUGGAAAGGGGGCUCAGCCUCUACCUCGUCAUCAACGUGCCACCGAGGAUCCAUGAGAAGGAGGUUGCCUCUCCCACCAACAUCUACCCUCGGGCGAGCCGGCAGACCCUGACCUGCACCGCCUACGGGGUUCCAGCUCCGAGCUCUGUCACCUGGCAGUGGAGACCGUGGGGCCCCUGCGGACUGAACAGCACGCGCAGCCUGGGUCGUCGAGGAGCCGUGAAGCGCCGGCCCAGGGACCGGGUGACGGAGUGUCAGAACUGGCAGGACGUGGAGACGGAGAACGGAGUGAAUAAGAUCGAGAGCCUCGACACCUGGCCCGAGAUCGUGGAGGGCAGGAACAAAACUGUGAGCAAGCUGGUUAUAGCGAGUGCCAAUGUCUCAGUGAUGUACAAGUGCUCUGUCGCCAACAAAGUGGGGCGAGACGAGAGACUCAUCUACUUCUACGUGACCACUAUCCCAGAAGGCUUCGGGAUCGAGCUGCAUCCCUCGGAGGAGCCGGUGGAGCGGGAGCUGGUGAGCCUCCGAUGCAGCGCUGAUAACUACACCUACGAGCACCUGCAGUGGUACCGACUGGACCCCCGCACGCUGCGGGACGACAACGGCAGCCCCCUGGUCCUGGACUGCAAGAGCGUGCACCUGUACGCAGACCCCCUGGACGGGGAGCUCUCCUUCGAAGCCGCCUCCAACAACUGGGUCCUGGAGCUCACCAUCCCCCACAUCCUGCUGCACGAGGAGGGAGACUACGUGUGCGAGGUGCAGAACCGGCGCAGCGGAGAGAAGCACUGCCAUCGCAAGUACAUCACCGUGCAAGCCCAGGAAGCUCCGAGGCUCCGGCAGAACCUUACCAAUCAGACGGUGAACGUGAGCGAGUCCAUGCUGAUGAAGUGCGAGGUGGAGGGCACCCCCUCGCCCCAGAUCUCCUGGUUCAAAGACGAGAAGCCUCUCUACAAAAUGUCAGGGAUCGUGCUCCAGGACUCCAACCAGACCCUGAGUAUCCAGAGAGUGCGCGAGGAGGAUGCCGGCCUGUACACAUGCAAUGCCUGCAAUGAGAAGGGCUGCGUGCGCAUGUCAGCCACCAUCUCUGUCGAGGGUUCAGACGACCGGACCAACGUGGAGAUCGUGAUCCUGAUCGGGACCGGAAUCAUCGCCGUCUUCUUCUGGAUCCUGCUCAUCCUCAUCUUCUGUAACGCCAAGCGGGCUAACCCGGCAGACAUCAAGACGGGCUACCUGUCGAUCAUCAUGGACCCCGGGGAGGUGCCCCUGGACGAGCAGUGCGAGUACCUGCCCUACGACUCUACCCAGUGGGAGCUCCCUCGGGACAGGCUGCGGCUCGGGAAGGUUCUUGGACACGGGGCCUUCGGGAAGGUGGUGGAGGCCUCUGCUUUUGGGAUCAACAAAAUGAACAGCCUCCACACGGUCGCGGUCAAGAUGCUGAAAGAGGGAGCCACAGCCAGUGAGCACAAAGCGCUCAUGUCAGAGCUGAAGAUCCUCAUUCACAUCGGGAACCAUCUGAACGUUGUGAACCUGCUGGGAGCCUGCACCAAAUCCAACGGCCCCCUGAUGGUGAUAGUGGAGUACUGCAAGUAUGGGAAUCUGUCCAACUACCUGCGCACCAAGAGGGAGGGAUUCCUGCCUUACAGGGACCGCUCCCCGAAGAUGCGCAGUCAGGUGCGCUCCAUGAUGGAGACUGUGAUGGUGGAGAGUAGCAGCCGGGCCGGGCCCAGCGAGAGCUCUGUCAUGGCCCGCAUCAUCGCCAACCAGAACCAGAACUUCAGACCCAGCCUCCAGAAAGUGGAAGACCUCUGGAAGACCCCGCUGACCGUGGAGGAUCUGAUCUGCUACAGCUUCCAAGUGGCGCGAGGCAUGGAGUUCCUGGCCUCCCGCAAGUGCAUUCACAGGGACCUGGCCGCCCGCAAUAUCCUGCUGUCCGAGAACAACGUGGUGAAGAUCUGUGAUUUCGGACUGGCCCGGGAUAUUUAUAAGGACCCCGACUACGUGCGGAAGGGGAAUGCUCGUCUGCCCCUGAAGUGGAUGGCUCCCGAGAGUAUUUUUGACAAGGUGUACACGACGCAGAGUGACGUGUGGUCCUUCGGGGUCUUGCUGUGGGAGAUAUUCUCAUUGGGUGCCUCCCCAUACCCGGGGGUGCAGAUUGAUGAGGAGUUCUGUCAGAGACUCAAAGAUGGGACGCGGAUGCGAGCGCCGGAGAACGCCUCUCCCGAAAUAUACCGGAUCAUGCUGGCCUGCUGGCAGGGCGAGCCCAGGGAGAGACCUACCUUCUCAGCGCUGGUGGAGAUCCUCGGAGACCUGCUGCAGGAGAACGUGCUGCAGGAAGGGAAGGACUACAUCCCCCUCAACACGUCUCAGAGCUCCGAGGACGACGGCUUCUCCCAGGCCUCCUCCCGGCCGUCCUCCCAGGAGGAGGAGAGUGAGCUGAGGCUGCACUGCGACGUGAUGGCUGGCAGAUAUUAUAACUGCGUGUCGUUCGCUGGGAGCGGGGCGGCUCCGCUGCGCUGUCAGGGGCGGGUCAAGACCUUCGAGGAGUACCCGCUGGAGCAGACCGCUCUCAAGGCACACCACGACAACCAGACGGACAGCGGGAUGGUGCUGCCCUCCGAGGAGUUUCAGAGAAUCGAGCACAAACACAGAGGAGCCCUGGCACGCAGCAGUCAGCAGGUGAGCAGAAGCACAGAGGGGCCCGCUGGCUCCACAGAGCAGACGAGCCGGUAUCGACCGCCCUUCCAGAGCCAGCAGUCCGGACAGACCUUCUACAACAACGAGUACGGGCAGCUUUCCCAGGGCAUGCUGGGGGACUUCUUCUCCACGGCAGCAGGAGGAGGGGGGGACUCUGAGCCAGGCUGCAUCGCCGCCUCCAGCCUCUAGAGGGAGCUAGAGACCCAAGGGCUGGGGGAGGGGGUCACAUAUUAAACACAGAGCCCCUCUCUACAGCCCCUCUCUGAACUGAACGCUCUGCAAAAACAAAAUGCUUUCCAGCCAAUGGGUGGCGCACUUACCAUCUCAAUCAAUCAUUUUACUAGUAGACAGUAUUUUACCCAGAGCAAGCUUCCUUUUUGUUUUUUGUUUUUUGUGUACAAAAGUAAAAAUAAUAAGAAUAAUAAUAAAGCAAUAUAUAUCGGUUUCUUACUUUUUA